AUGCAUUACUUGUGGGUUCUUUCCGCUGCUGCCUCAUUGGCAAACUCAGUGGAUGCCUCCCCUUUGCAGAAAAGGUGUUCCAAUCCCAGCCAGUUCCCUGGUGGAUCUCAAGGGCAGAAGAAAUGUAAUAAGCCUGUCAACGGCUGUCCCAAUUUGGAUUUCACUUGGGCUGCCAAAAACCAAGGCAGAAUGACUUACGACAUUUCCAUGAAGCAAGUUAAAUGGGUUAAGGAUAACAUCUACGAAAUAACCAUUCAUGUCCAAGGUCAAAAGCAGAUCAGCUUGAGCUGCAUCGAUGACCUGAAGAUUAUCGGUAUCAACGGACCUGAUGGCGGCACUUUCCAGCUACUUGACAGACAGCACAAUGUCCGGCUCGUCGACAACCCAACGGAUUACGAUGCCACGUUCAGAGUUUACGGACAAGAUGAUGUCCAGAACUGCAGAUCUUGGAUGCCCAACUUUCAGAUCCAGUACGACUACAAUGGAAAAUGUGAUGUUAACGGGCCCCAGUCUUUCGAUUUGAUCACUGGAUGCAAUAACUCUGACAACCAGGGCCACUCUCAGACUGAUGCGCCAGGAUUUUACUGGGACUACCAAUGUGGGACCUGCUCAGCCAUCUCCAGCACUUCGGCGAAAUCUUCUUCCUCUGCUCCAUCGCCAAGCAGCGCUGUAACAAAAUCGUCUACGUCUCCUACCACCAGCCAAACUACUGUUAGUGAAUCAUGCACGACCGUGGGCCCAACUACGAUAUCCGGUUACACCAGUUGCUCGCCCGGUCCAUGUCCACCACCUUCAAGCUCUGCUCCAUCCAGCUCUAAGCCGGCUCCAUCGAGCUCUGCCCCAUCGAGCUCGAAGCCACCUUCAUCUACCUCCAAGACAUGUAGCUCGAAGCCAAAACCAUCUAGCUCUGCUCCAUCCAGCUCUGCUCCAUCCAGCUCUGCUCCAUCCAGCUCUGCUCCAUCCAGCUCUGCUCCAUCCAGCUCUGCUCCUUCCAGCUCCGCUCCAUCCAGUUCGCAACCGGCCCCAUCUAGUCCUGCACCAUCGAGCUCGAAGCCAGCCCCAUCUACCUCCAAGACAUGUAGCUCGAAGCCAAAGCCAUCUACCUCCAAGACAUGUAGCUCGAAGCCAAAGCCAUCAACCUCCAAGACAUGUAGCUCGAAGCCAAAACCUUCCAGCUCCGCUCCAUCUAGCUCUGCUCCAGCCUCAUCUUGCGUGACUGUCCCAGGCACUACUAUCUCGGGAUCGACUGUCUCUGGCACUACUUACCCAGGCACCACUGUUCCAGGCACCACCAACUGCGGUCCAUCGAGCUCCGCUCCAUCCAGCUCAGCUCCAAGCUCCGCUCCAUCCAGCUCAGCUCCAUCCAGCUCAGCUCCAUCCAGCUCUGCUCCAUCCAGCUCUGUUCCAUCGAGCUCUGCUCCAUCCAGCUCUGCUCCAUCCAGCUCUGUGGCCCCAAGCUCAGCUCCAUCGAGCUCUGCCCCAUCGAGCUCUGCCCCAUCGAGCUCUGCCCCAUCGAGCUCUGCCCCAUCCAGCUCCGCUCCAUCGAGCUCCGCUCCAUCGAGCUCCGCUCCAUCGAGCUCCGCUCCAUCG